UGCGCUUGACCCGAGGGCCUGCCUGGGGCUGGCUGCCCUCGGAGCGCCUACUCAGACUGAAAGUGAAGUCAAAUGGAUGUUGGUGAGUAUCCCAUGGCAGCAGCAUUUCAUUGGCUCAGCAGGAACUGUAACUCGGAAGCCAUCUUCAGUGAUUUUAUAGGUCAGUCUUGCUUCUGGGAUCCAACUUUAUGUUGUGGUUAAGAAAUGUUUCACAUCACUCGGACUGAACCACAAGACAGAUGCACUUACGUUGUAAAUAACUAUUUCAGUAGAUUUGAAGUUUGCUCAACUUCAGUCCUAUGGUUUACCGUUUUCCAGCCAUUGAUCCUGGUUUUGAGCACAGAAUGAAGAGGAGUAAUUUCUCUGCUGCGAAUAAAGUUGUCCAGUCAUCACCAGUAGUGAAACAACCCAAACGUGGGCUCUGCAGUUCCCUCCGCCAGACUCAUAUGCUCUCUGUCCUUCUGGACUGGGGGACCUUACCUCACCAUGUCAUAUUACAGAUUUUUCAGUAUCUCCCGUUGAUAGACCGAGCCCGAGCAUCUUCCGUGUGUAGGAGGUGGAACGAAGUGUUUCACAAUCCUGACCUUUGGAGGAAGUUUGAGUUUGAGCUGAACCAGUCAGCAACUUCUUAUUUUAAGUCCACGCAUCCUGAUCUCAUUCAACAGAUCAUCAAAAAGCACGCCGCACACCUUCAGUAUGUCAGCUUUAAGGUUGAUAGCAGUACUGAGUCAGCAGAAGCCGCCUGUGAUAUUCUUUCUCAGCUGGUAAAUUGUUCUAUCCAGACCUUGGGACUGAUUUCAACAGCCAAACCAAGUUUCAUGAAUGUGGCAAAAUCUCACUUUGUGUCGGCGCUGACAGUCGUGUUUGUCAACUCGAAAUCUCUCUCAUCCAUUAAAAUUGAGGACACACCAGUGGACGACCCUUCCCUGAAGAUUCUCGUGGCUAACAACAGUGACACGCUGCGACUCCUCAAAAUGAGCAGCUGUCCUCAUGUUUCAUCUGAUGGAAUCCUCUGUGUGGCGGACCACUGUCAGGGCCUCCGAGAGCUGGCGCUGAAUUACUACAUUCUGAGUGACGAACUUCUCCUUGCACUCUCAAGCGAGACUCACGUGAACCUCGAGCAUCUCCGAAUAGAUGUUGUGAGUGAAAACCCCGGACAGAUCAAGUUCCACUCUAUUAAGAAAGGCAGCUGGGACGCGCUGCUCAGACACUCCCCGGGAGUGAGCGUCGUCAUGUACUUCUUUUUGUACGAAGAAGAGUUUGAGACAUUCUUCAAAGAGGAAACCCCCGUCACUCACCUCUAUUUCGGGCGUGCAGUAAGCAGAACCAUCCUGGGCCGGAUUGGUCUUAACUGCCCACGGCUGAUUGAGUUAGUGGUGUGUGCGAAUGGCCUUCAGCCCCUCGACAGCGAACUCAUCCGUAUCGCUGAGCGCUGUACAAACCUAACCGCCCUGGGCCUGAGCGAGUGUGAAGUCAGCUGCAGUGCGCUCGUUGAGUUUGUAAGACUCUGUGGCAGAAGGCUCACCCAGCUGUCUAUCAUGGAGGAAGUUCUGGUCCCUGAUGACAGAUACACCCCAGAGGAAGUCCACACUGAAGUCUCUAAGCACCUGGGAAGAGUGUGGUUUCCGGAUGUGAUGCCUAUCUGGUGACCAGCUACCAAAGAUUCCGAAUUUUCUGUUAGUAGGGUUAGCUGUUGUCUGUGAACACAAGUGUAAAUUUUGAGAUGAACUGCUAAAGUAACUUAGGUUAAAUCUUUACUCUUUGCAAGUUAUCUUAAUUGGUUGCUGCAGAAUCAUUUGAAAACAAUGUAACAAUUUGAAUAGACAGAGAUCUUUGUCAGUAAGACACAGACACUGUGUAUAUUAGACGUUUAAUAGGGUAGACUAAAGAUACCAAAGAUUUACAUAGAUAGACUUCUUAACCUUUGCCGGCGUAUUUUAGCCUCCUAAGUAAAUUUAUAUUAAACCUAUAACUAGUAUAUAAUUAUAAUGUACAGUAUUAGAUUGGUUUAAAUGACAUACUUCUAUGUUACAACCUUAUUUUAAUUUCAUCUGGUUCAUUUUGGUAUGGAUACAUGUUUUACAGAACACAUACUGUUGAAAAUCAAGGUACCAUUAUAGAGGUGUACUUCAUUGCACUUACAAAAUAUUUAGCAUCUUGUGAUUCAGUAAGCAACUUUGAAUUCUAGAGUACUUAAAUUUCAUUUUUAGGUUAACUUGGAGGGCAGUUGACAUUAUGUUAAAAUUCAGUAAUAUUCAUUUCAUAAAGAUAGAGCAAGACACUAAUUAUUAUUAAAAUACACAGUAUAGGUAAAGAGGUAAGUUUUGUGGAGUGUGUCUGGGAAUCAGUGUUGACUGGCCUGCUGCUGUCAAUCUGGGGCUGCACCAUGUCCCUUGCACAUGUGGCCUGUCUUUUAAUUAGGAACACUGGCAAUGUCCUUCACCAACCUGUCCUCAGAAUGAAGGUUAGUCUUAACAUUUGCUGAGUACUUGCCUUCACUGCCAUUCACUGUACCUACCCUUUGCCCGCCUCCCACCUUCUCUGUUCCUCAACUGCUCCCCCUCUGAGCUCCCUCAGAUCUCUCCCCUGAGGCACAUGCUAAGGGAGGCCAUCCUUGAGAUCCUCCCAGCUCGUGGGUCAGACCCUUCACUCACGCCCCGAGCUUUUGCUCUUCUUUGUAGCACGGACUGCUGUGCUGUGUAUGAUCUGCUCGUCUCAAUAUGGCCUGUUUGUCUCACUGUACUGUAAACUCUGCCAGGCCAGUACAAGAUUACUGUUAUUUUUUUGGUGUGUGUACAGUUACUAGUAUUAGAAAUCAGCGUUCACCAAAACAAGAUGUUUAUUGUUUUCCA